CAUUCGUAUCCGCGUAUGAAGUAGCCGUCGUGUUCGUGUGCUCAUUCGUGUCAUUCCAAACCGGCCCUUGUUUUACCACGGCCAGGUGCAAAACUACUAUAUAAUGAUUCUCUCAAGGAAGCUAACCAGUCAUUUUCCUCAGAUCUGCUCUACUAACAACAUGGGCUCACCAGUUGACCGUGCAGUUAAAGACCGUGAGCCUUUCGAAAAGGUUUAUCAUGUAGGCAGUGUCCUAGGAAGUGGUGGAUUUGGUACAGUUUAUGCGGGAACAAGAGUGAAAGACUCGUUGCCGGUGGCCAUCAAACACGUUUCCAGAGACAAAGUAACAGAGUGGGGACAGGUGAGAGAUUUUAACAAANNACCACUAGAAGUAUGUCUGCUACGCCGUGUUUGUGGCGUCAAAGGUUGUAUACGCCUCCUAGACUUCUACGAACGAUCAGAUAGUUUUAUUAUGGUAAUGGAAAGGCCCGAACCCGUCAAGGACUUGUUUGAUUUUAUCACCGAAAACGGUGCUCUAACCGAGGAUGUCGCACGAAGUUUUCUAAGACAAAUUGUGGAAAGUACCGCCAGGUGCCACGAGGCUGGCGUUGUACACAGGGAUUUGAAAGAUGAGAACAUCCUUGUAGACUUGAAAACCGGUGAACUUAAACUUAUAGACUUUGGAUCAGGCGCGUUCCUUAAAGAUACAGUUUACACUGAUUUUGAUGGAACGAGAGUGUACAGUCCGCCAGAGUGGGUGAGAUUCCAUCGGUACCAUGGACGUUCUGCAGCAGUCUGGUCAUUGGGCAUUUUACUGUAUGAUAUGGCUUGUGGAGACAUUCCUUUUGAACAUGAUGAUGAAAUCUGCAAAGCAGAAGUGUGCUUUCGAAGGACCAUUUCGUCAGAAUUGCAAGACUUAAUUCAGUGGAUGCUUUCAAUAAGGCCAUCCAAUCGCCCAACAUUAGAACAAGUAUUGGAGCAUCCAUGGAUGCAGAAAGGCUGUACUAAAAACAGCACGGAUCCUAUCAAACAAUCAAUGGACCAACAAGGUGUCGACCGCGAGAACUUUGAAACAUCUGUCGGCACAUGCAGUAGCAAAGAAAAUGUCAACGAAAUAAAAUCAUCUAGCAGUGCAGAAAGUGUUGAAUCAACAUCUAGCAGUGAAAGUAGUUUGCAGAGCAGUAACAACAGUUUGGGAACAAAUAGCUGUGGUGAAUGUUGAUGAUUAUUUUCCACUGCCAAUUAACUUUUUGUGCAGCCCGAGUGGCAAUGUAGUUAAAUUACAAUUCUUGCCCAGGCCAGUGUCCUGCUGGCCAGUGCAAUCCAUACUGCCAGUACAAAUACUUUGUACACAGAACUAAGGUGCAGUGCAAUAGUAGUACAUAAGCCCCUUUUAAUUUCUUCCUCAAAUUGCUACGACUGCUGGCAGCCAGAUUAGUGCAUUAAAUUGCACAAUUUUAUCUUGGCCAAAACUAUUCUGACCUAGUAUUUUAAUUUUUAAAAAGCAAUUUGAGGUUUGAAAAGGGCAAUCCCAGAAAUAAGCCGAGCUGUAUAUUUUUAAACCCUAAAUUAUUCCAAAUUUGUCAGUUGGUUGUCUGACUCAUUUUCCAACUGUUGUAAGUUUUUGUACAUAAGAACUAUUUAUUAAAACAAUUUUGUGGGGUUUUGGUGUUUUACCUUCCCUCCCCAUGUAGAUUGUUUACCAGAAAGGAGAGUUGCUGGUCUCUGUACAUAAAUUUGGUGCUGCCUUUUUGUCUAUAUCGUGGUAGCCAAAAUGAAUUUUAAUAAAUGCAACACACAAAUGCAAUUAUUUAUUUUGCAAAAGUUGAACACAAAACUCUUGGGUGGGGAGCUCCUUGUUUGAAAAACCUUGAAGUUGAAACUGUCUCCUCCACCCCCACCUCAGUUCAAUUGCAUGAAUAAUUUUUUUUUAAUAUUUGUAAAUAAAUUCAGAGUCUGUAUUUUUUUAUAUGGAUAUUUACUAUUGUGAAAAUAAAAGCUUUUAAAGCAUUGUUUGUAUGAAGCAAAAAACUAA